GUUCCCAACAAAAAAUGCGGGUCCGUUUAAGCGUCUUUUGAGUAGCGUUCUAUCUUAAUUAAACAUUUUAUGUUAUCCGUCAUGCAUUAGUUAUUUCAAGAUGAUACAGUUUUUGCUAAUUUUGAUUCAAACUUUAUUCUGAAAGAAUCUAUACUGAAUUAAAACGUCUUUUAUCAAGUAAAAAUUAUGAGUAGCCAGUUUAGUGAUCAGAUGUGUGAUCUUGUUUACAAGUGUUCCGAAAAGGAAAAAAUUGUAUUUCUUGAGACAAAUUAUGCCGGUAUCAAUGAAAAAUCAGAAAUUUUUUUAUCCAAUUCAUUUGAAGUUAUGAGUUUUAGCGAUGGUGCCAUUAGCUGCGAGAAUUACUGUUACUCGGAAUGUGAUGAAAAUCCAGUUGUAACCUCACAAAUCAUUAAAGAAAUUCAAUCUACGAGAGAAAAGUUAACUUUUGAUUGGGUAAAGACAAUGUCACGUGAUGCUUUAAAAUUUGAGUCCGAUUCAAGCUUUGAGUGCAGUAAUAACAGUAGCAGCGAUAAUUUGAAAACAGAUUCAGAAACAGACUAUUCAUUUGAAAUUGAUCCAAAUAAUUCUAUUGAAACAUGUCCUGAAAGCAGAACUGAUGCUGAAAUCAUCGAAAGAUUGGAAGAUUCUAAAGAUAGUGAUUUAUCAGAACUCACAUUUUGCUUUGCGGAUGCUGUUACAGAAGAAAAUUAUGAUAGUGGUUUUUCCUUCUCAACCAAAGGUUCCCUUGCAAAUUUUACUGAUGAUGAUUUCUUAGAAGAUGAUGAUGGUUUUGAACUUGUGUUUUCUAAUUCUCCUUUAUCUGGUGUCAAUUUACCUGGUUGGACUGAUAUUAUGAGUGAAGCAUCUGAAUUAUCUCAAAGCUUUGACAAUGAAAUAUUUGUUGAUUUCUUUGAAUCGCCUGCAAAGUCUAAAGUCAAAAGAGUUAAUGAAAGAUGGGAGAAAGACAUGUGUGAUGUUAAUGACAAACCAAGAGAUCCUGUCAAAGUCACUUUUGCACCUUUACCUGACCUAGUUACUGUUCACUGUUUCCAAAAACCCCUUGAAGAAAACCAGCCAUCAUAUGAUACCUCUGCCCUCGAUCGGAUACGUUUUCAAAAUCGCAUUGAAGAAUUGAGUAGAUUACUAACUCCGAUUCUCACACUGGAACAUCGAACAAAUAUUAUCUUACGGAAUUCUCUUUUUAUUACUCAUGAUUAAAUUACAAUUUUGUUACUGUU